AGAAACAAACCAAGUGAACAGAAAUGGAAAUGAUGUAAAGUAUGCUAGGGUAAUUAAAUACUGACAAAAGAACAUUACAGCCGAAUUAAGGAGAACUGAAGUCAAGAGUGAAUACAAGUUCACUCAAUACAUUAUAUACCUAGAGAACUGUAUAUUCAGUAUAAAUAUAUUUGGAAUGCCUUUCAUUCUAUCUAUUAAUUUCGCAGCCAAAUAAAUUCUUAUAUACAUCGAGAUAGCAACAUUUGGAUUACCACAACUCAAAAGAAAAUAUAUAAUAAUUAAGGGAAAAAAUUAUAAAACCAAAGAACGUUCAUAGUCUUCAGAAGGGGUAGUUUAAAUGACGCAGGCUGCUUGGUUACGUUAUAAAAAGAAUAAGAAACGAAAACCCGAUAAAAAGAUGUUUAGUAUGUUCGAGUUUCUCUCUUGGUUUAGCGCCGACAACCUGAAAUAUAUAUUAACCACAGUAGCAGUCAUUGUGGGUUUAAUUGCGUUCCUAUGUGUCUUCAAGAAAAUAGAUGCGAUUUGCCAGUGUAUAACAUGUUGCUGUAAAUUCUUCAAUUUUGAUUCCCUCCCCAACAUCAAUGCAAACAAUUCUCCUCGUUGCAACAAGGUUUUCUCGUCGAAUUGGUUACGAAACAGAUUUCGUCGCAGCGGCCGAUCUCGAACAAUCACGCGAAUCCCUAAAGCAAUGAAUCCACGAUCCCGACCUGUCAUCAACCAGCGUACUACACAUACAGUGCUUCACCGCACCGUACCAGUAAUUAGACACGGAAUGCCGAUGAGAUUCCCUUCAAGGCGACCGAUUAAGAUUUCAACGUUAAAGUUUCCUGUUUGACCAUCAUGAAAUAACUUUUUAGAAGAUGAUCAUCAUCAUCUUAACGCCAUAGACACAUGCAUACAUAUACAUAUAC